AUGCAUCGUCCGAGAACCCUCGCAGCCGGCGAGGCCACCCCUGCGAAGCCUGCGGCGCGUCUAUAUGGUGGCACUCCGCAGUCAACCGAACGUCUCAUCAAACCCUUUCGGUGUCCCGGAUCAGCAACAGUAUCCAGUGUUUCUACGAAACCUGCACGGAAGAGGAGGAAGGUCGAUUACUCUGGUGCUGGCGGUGAAGAUGGGGAGAGCGACAAGCCAUAUUCGAAUGAAGACCGAUUAGCUCUCGCCACUCGAGAUGCAAACCGAUUUCCUGUCUUCAAGCCAAAAGACAAAGAUACCGCAUUCAGGACCAAGUUCAUCGUACCUCUGGUCAACAAGGAUGUGGGCGCCUAUAAUCCGAAUCGACCAGCGCCACUGCUUGGUAUGCGAACAGGAACCGUCUUUGUUGCGCGACCGCUGCACGACCCCAGCGGAGAGUUUGCGAUUGUACUCUACGACCCGACAGUCGACGAUAAGCCGGUAGAGAAGGAAGAAGCGGAGCCAAAAUUGAGCCAGACAGAGAAGCAGGAGAUGGAGGCUCCGUUAGUGCACAAGAGUUUGGCAGAGAUACUGGGUUUGAAGAAGAAGGUGGACAAUGAACGGCCACGCGUACCAGUCGUUAUAGAUCCAAGACUUGCUAAAGUUCUUCGACCGCAUCAAGUCGAAGGUGUAAAGUUCCUGUACCGCGCCACAACAGGUAUGAUCGACCCCAAGGCGAACGGAUGUAUCAUGGCAGACGAGAUGGGUCUCGGAAAGACGCUACAGUGUAUCGCUCUCAUGUGGACGCUGCUGAAACAGUCACCCGAUGCUGGCAAGUCGACGAUACAAAAGUGCGUCAUCGCUUGUCCGUCGAGUUUAGUGAGGAAUUGGGCGAACGAGCUUGUCAAAUGGCUUGGAAAGGACGCUGUCACCCCCUUCGCCAUUGACGGCAAGGCGUCGAAAGAGGAGCUUAUCCAGCAAAUACGACAAUGGUCGAUCGCAUCAGGACGCGCAGUUGUCAGACCUGUCCUCAUUGUAUCAUACGAAACCCUGCGCCUCUACGCCGACGAGUUUGGACAAACACCUAUCGGUUUGAUGCUUUGUGAUGAAGGGCAUCGACUGAAGAACGGUGACAGUUUGACGUUUACUGCGCUCAACAACUUGAACGUGCAGAGGCGAGUCAUCCUAUCGGGUACACCCAUUCAGAACGAUCUAUCAGAGUACUUCGCGCUACUCAACUUUGCCAACCCCAACUACCUCGGCACACGUAUGGAGUUCCGCAAGCAAUACGAAAUUCCCAUUCUGAAAGGUCGCGAUGCCAACGGUACAGACGAGGAUGUUAAGAAGGGCACUGAACGGCUCAAUGAGCUUCUUGGCUUGGUCAAUAAGUUCAUCAUUCGGCGAACCAACGACAUCCUCUCCAAAUACCUGCCAGUCAAGUAUGAGCAUGUCGUAUUCUGCAACCUCGCGCCUUUCCAGAAGGAUCUAUACAACCACUUCAUCAAGUCACCCGACGUCCAGAGUCUCCUCCGUGGCAAGGGUUCACAGCCACUCAAGGUCAUCGGCAUGCUCAAGAAACUCUGCAACCACCCCGAUCUUCUCAACCUUCCCGAAGACUUGCCCGGCUGCGAAGACAAGCUACCCGACGACUUCGUGCAAAAGGAUGCGAGAGGCAGAGAUCGCGAAGUCAAGGUCUGGUACUCUGGAAAGAUGGCUGUCCUGGAUCGUAUGCUGGCUCGCAUCCGCGCGGAGACAAACGACAAGAUCGUGCUGAUUUCCAACUACACGCAAACCCUUGACAUCUUCGCCAUGCUCUGUCGGUCCCGCGGUUAUGGCUGUUUUCGCCUUGACGGCACAAUGAAUGUGUCUAAACGGCAAAAGCUCGUCGACAAAUUCAACGACCCCGAGUCCCCCGAAUUCGUCUUCCUCCUCUCCUCAAAAGCCGGUGGAUGCGGUCUCAAUCUCAUCGGCGCCAAUCGCCUUGUCCUCUUCGACCCAGAUUGGAACCCAGCUGCUGAUCAACAAGCACUCGCGCGUGUAUGGCGUGACGGCCAAAAGAAGGAUUGUUUCGUAUACCGCUUCAUCACCACAGGCACCAUUGAAGAAAAAGUCUUCCAGCGCCAAUCCCAUAAACAGGCUUUAUCGAAUUGUGUUGUCGAUUCUGCGGAGGAUGUUGAGCGCCACUUCUCUCUCGACUCCCUUCGCGAACUUUUCCAGUAUCGCGACAACACUACGAGCGACACGCACGAUACUUUCAAGUGCAAGAGGUGUAGGAAGGAAGAUGGAAAGCAGGUCAUCAAGGCGCCGGCUAUGUUGUACGGUGAUACGAGUUCCAAAAGGUGGUCCCAAAUGAACCAUUCCGAGCACACUAGCGCCACUUGGUCUGAGCUUCAACAUUUCGUAGACAGCUCCACCGUCCGUCACGACCUCCACACCACAAACUUCGCACACCCCAAUAAUCUCGACACGAUACCUUCCGAACCCUCGCGCGCACCACACAGCAUGGAUUCGAAACGCCGCAAGACCGGCGACCAAGACAUCAGCGCGCUGAGGCUUGCGUCGCGCCAGAAAUACCUUGCUGAACGAGAAGCGCAACAACUCGCCCUACUUCGCCGCCAGGUUGCAGAGGAAGCAGAAGAGGAGGAGAGAUUGGGGGAUAAAUUAUCGGCAAGGGAACGUCAGGAGUUUAGAAAUAACAGGAAAACUCUGGAGUUGGCAGAGGCGCGUAAUGCUAUCGAUGAUUCGGGAGAAGGCUACAUACUGCCCGAUGCGGACUAUUCGAAUAAGCAUGAGGCCCUUACCAAACGACACAAAGACAAGGUUUAUGAGAAGAGCGAGGUUCAACUAUGGGAAGAGGAGCAGAUGAAGAAGAUCAAGAGUCAGCCUAAGCCCAAGGCGACGGAUCGUGUUCAAGAGGAGGACUAUGAGUAUGUCUUCGACACAUCCAACGAAGUACAGUUUCAGGUGGACGCCUCGACUCGUGUGGAUGUGGACAAGCAGAUGUUGCAGCGCCAGCUAGAUGAAGCAGAGAAAAGGGCUUCUAGUAUUGAGGAGGUUCGACGAAGUUUGCCAGUCUAUAAGUUCCGGGACGAACUACUCGCCGCUGUGGAUCAACAUCAGGUUAUCGUUGUCGUCGGUGAAACUGGAUCCGGAAAGUCGACUCAAAUCCCGCAAUACGUCCAUUCUGCUCUUGAUUCGAGCGGUAUGAUUGCUGUCACACAACCACGACGAGUUGCGGCUAUGAGUGUUGCCAAGCGUGUAGCAGAAGAGUUUGGCUGUAAGCUUGGGAACGAAGUGGGUUACAGCAUUCGUUUCGAGGACAAGACUGGGCCGAAGACAAAGAUCAAAUUCGCCACAGACGGUGUGUUGCUACAGGAGGCGAAGUCCGAUCCGCUACUCUCGAACUACUCUUGCAUCAUGAUUGACGAGGCCCACGAACGGUCCCUACAAUCCGACUUGCUACUGGUUCUCUGCAGGGAAGUUUGCCAUGCUCGACCAGACUUCAAACUCCUCAUCCUUAGUGCUACUAUCAACGCUGCGCACUUCUCACAGUACUUCCACAACUGUCCUAUCUUCUCAAUUCCUGGUCGAACCUUUCCUGUGGAGGUUUUGUAUUCUAAAGCGCCAGAAGCAAAUUACCUUGCAGCAAGCAUCACGACUGUGAUGCAGGUACAUAUUUCUGCAGAGCCAAAAGGGGACAUUUUAGUCUUCUUGACAGGUGAGGAAGAGAUUCAAGCGGCUAUGGAGAGCAUAGAGGAAACGAAGAAAAAGCUUGGAUCAAGGAUUAGAGAGCUCGUCGUAUGCCCUAUCUACUCUGCUCUCCCGCAGGAUUUGCAACAAAAGGCGUUCGAGCCAGCCCCUCCCAAUGGACGCAAGGUUAUUCUAGCUACCAACAUCGCUGAGACCAGUGUGACCUUCGAAGGCGUGAGGCAUGUUGUCGACACAGGCUACAGCAAAGAAAAUACUUGGGACAGUGUUCGAGGAUUGUCAUCACUUGUCAUAACACCAAUUUCGCGUGCCAACGCAGACCAGAGAAAAGGAAGAGCGGGUCGUACGUCAUCUGGCUGGUGCUAUCGAUUGUAUACUCGAGCCGCCUACUACAACGAGUUACAGCCUGAGAACAUACCUGAGAUCCAACGUACAAACCUCGAUGAGGUAGUGUUAAGCCUCAAGCAACUCGGGAUAACUAACUUGCUUGAGUUUGAGUUCCUGGACAGCCCUUCGAGCACGUCGAUGAUCAAGUCUCUUGAGAACUUGUACGCCCUGGGAGCUUUGGACUCCACAGGAGCUUUAACUCGAUUAGGCCGAAGAAUGGCGGAGUUACCUUUGGAUAUCAAGCUAUCGAAGGCUAUCAUUGAGUCCGAAAAGUACGGUUGUAGAGAGGAAAUCCUCUCGAUCGUCAGUAUGACGGGAGAAUCUGCGACCCUGUUCCUCCGACCCAAAGACAAGAAGGUUGCGGCUGACGCUGCGCGCAAAAGGUUCACAUCGUUAGAAGGGGGUGACUUCAUAACGUAUCUCAACAUCUGGAACGAAUUCGUUGAAAGUGGUUACGACCCAGGGUGGGCACGUGAGAACUAUCUUCAAGGAAGGGUUCUUACACGUGUGCGAGACGUUCGUGACCAAUUGGAGCGACUGGCCGACCGCGUCGAGGUGCCGGAGUCAUCAUGUGGUACCGAUCAUAUCGCCAUUCGAAAGUGCCUUACCGCCGCGUUCUUCACAAAUGCAGCGAGGCUGCAGAGAGAUGGGCAGACCUACCGUGUCCUAGCAAACAGCGGUUUGACCGUCCAUAUUCACCCCUCCUCUCCCCUCAACGAAAGCCGACCGAAGUGGUGCAUAUUCGCUUCUCUGCAGGCAACCUCAAAAGAGUGGAUGAUGACCUGUGCACCUAUCGAGCCAGAUUGGCUGGUCGAGGUAGCACCUCACAUGCACACCGAGAGCUCAAUCUCCAAGCUCGGCGACAACAAGAAGAUGCCAAAGGCGUUGCAGGAGAGGUCGAAGACCAGCGCUGGUCACAACACGACGAUCAAGAGUGGGAUGCCCAUGGGCCAGAAGUAG